UAAUGCUCCUACCGCUGGAUACACUGAUCAAAACCAUAAAGAUCACUUACGAUACUUAGAUAUGCUGAAAGAUGAAUUCAAAAAGAGAUAUGAAGAUCCACCCAAUGCUGAUAAAACACUAGACGACUUUGAUAAUAUUAAAGCAAUUGGAAGUGGUGCUUAUGGAGAAGUAUUUUUAGUAAGAGACAAAGGAACAUUUACUUAUCACGCUAUGAAAGUUGUCGAGAAAAGAGUUGUAGUUGAAAGGAGGCACGUAAAACAUUUAAUAUUGGAGAAAAAAAUACUAGAAAGUGUGCAUUUUGCAAAUGUUAUAUCAUUGGACGUUGCUUUUAAAGAUAAUUUAUAUUUAUAUUUCAUAUUACCUUAUAUUGCUGGAGGUGAACUUUUUACAUAUAUUCAGAAAUAUGGGGGAUUUUCGGAGCCAUUAUCAAAAUUUUACGCUAGUCAAGUAACAUUGGCCCUAGAAUAUAUGCAUCACUGUGGUAUUGUUCAUCGAGAUAUCAAACCGGAAAAUAUUUUAGUAGACACCAAUGGAUACAUUAAGUUAUGCGACUACGGAUUUUGUAAAGUACUGAAGAAGAAAACGUGGACUUUAUGUGGAACACCUGAGUAUUUAGCGCCAGAAGUGAUACUCUCAAAAGGAUAUUCAUUUGGAGUGGAUUGGUGGGCACUUGGUGUUUUAAUUUUUGAAAUGGGAUCCGGCCAUCCACCUUUUUUCGCAUCAGAACCAAGCAAGUUGUACGAAAGAAUAUUAGAAGGGCAAUAUAAAUGUCCAGAUUCGCUACCGCCCGAUUGUAAAAGUUUGGUUAAAGGGUUAUUGCAAGUAGAUCCGACGAAACGGCUAGGAUCAUUGAAAAACGGAGUAUUUGACAUAAAGAGUCAUAAUUGGUUCUUUGAUAUUUGCUGGCAAUCAAUACUCCACCAAAGAUUACCCGCGCCAUUUGUUCCAAUAUGUCCAUCUCCAGGCGAUACAAGUAAUUUUCCUGAAAUGGAACAACAGAAAUUAAAAAAAUCAUCUAAAUGUUUAUAUGAAAAAGAAUUCGAAGAUUUUUAAUGAAAAUCGUCAAAAAAUUAUCUAGAAAUAUAAGGACAUUAUGCGAU